AUGAAUGGUACCAGACCUGAAGAAACGAAGGCAUCGCAAGAGAUAGGUAAACCCGGUGCGAUGCUGAUGAUCUGUAGGAGAUGCGGCAAGAAAGGUGUGCACUGGACAGCGAGAUGCCCUGGGAACACUCAUUUCUCAACAGAUCAAGCAGAAGCAUCUAAGUGGGCCGCACCAGCUGGCACAGACACGGUUGCUACUUAUGUCCCACCAAGCAUGAGGAGAAGGAACGACGAGAACUCUGUACGUGUGAACAACCUGUCUGAAGACACUCGUGAACCUGAUUUGAUGGAUUUGUUCCGUUCAUUUGGUGAUGUGAGUCGAGUCCAUGUGGCCUUGGACAAGAAGACUGGAACAAGCAGAGGCUUUGGUUUUGUCAACUUUGUGAGCAGAGAAGGCCAGAGAGCAAUCAAUACAUUGAAUGGUUAUGGUUAUGAUAAUCUCAUACUUAGUGUCGAAUGGGCUACUCCUAGACCCACAAACUAG